UUCGUAAGAACAUUUUAGUUAUUUAUUGAAAAACAAAAAAAAAAAAACAACAAUAUUUUUAAUUUUUAUUUGACCUAAUGUGUAAAUAAUUUAUGGAAAAUGGAAGAAAAACGUAUCGCAGAUUAUUUUGUUGUAGCUGGACUGCCUGAAAAUCCACAAUUAUUGCAAGAAAAUAUAUUUAGUGACUCAGGUCAUUUGAAAUCGGCUGGUAGUGUUGAACCAAUUACAGAUAUUGGGGUUUUUUUCCCCGACUUAGGAGAAGAGCCUCCCCAAGGUUUUGAUGUUUUAAAUGAAACUGUUUCAGGGUUAUACGCAGAUUUAAAUUUUGGGUCAGUUAGAUCUUCGCAGUGUCUUAUAUAUUACCGACGCGGAAGAGAAAGUCCUCCUCUUGUUGAUAUUGGUGUUAUGUACGAAGGUGCAGAAAGGAUUAUGGCCGAUGCUGAAAUGGUUUUAGAAACACCAGGGAAAAGGGUUGCAAAUGUUAACAAUUCCACAGCGAAAACUUAUUUAACAUUUAGAAGAGCCAAAGCGGACAUGCCUUGUAACGAGCUAGUGGUGACAGAUCUAUGUGUUAUUAUUCCCUCAAAAGGUGAGAAACCGCCACAUGCUUAUUGCCAAAUACAUAAAACUCUCAAUAAAGGCAUGAUGGGGUGCGAUGUAUAUCUUUGUUAUAAAAAAUCUAUGAAUAGACCAAAACUUAUAAGUUAUCAACCUGAAAUUUUACUGAGAUAUCCGACAUCAGAUUAUUUAGAUUUUCCUCUAAAUUUAUGCCCUAGUGUACCCCUGUUUUGUUUACCAAUGGGAGCAUCACUCGAAGCAUGGCCACAUGUUGAAAAAACAAAGAGAAGAAAAGCUAGUGCACCAAUUUUUAGCACAUUUGUUUUAACAGUAAAUGAUGGGACUUAUAAAGUAUAUGGAUCGGCGUUAACAUUUUAUGAAGAUUUUGAUCCACAUUUGUUAAAUGAAAAACAACAAGAAUUAUUAGGUUGGAAUGACGAAUUUCAGCAAACACAUUCUUUUCAUACAAAUAAAGCUAUUUGUUUGUUAUCACAUUACCCAUUUGGAGACACAUUUGAAAAAUGGUUAAGAUAUUUACAACGUUUAUCAAUUUUAAAUGAAAAUUUGCCGAUUCCCAUUGAGAGAUAUAUUGUGCAAUUAUUAGAUGAAGUUCCAUUUCCAUCUCCAAGUAUACUACUUCAGCUUUCCAGCGAAAGCAGUGACCGAAUUCUGUUAACCCAACCAGAAGAUUCACCUCUACCGCAAAGUGGAGCAGGAUUCCAGCAUCUAUUGUCAAACUUAGGUCCCGAAAAUUGUCUGCAUAUAUUAAUUCUAGCAUUAACUGAGCAAAAAAUUUUGAUUCAUUCAUUAAGACCGGCUACAUUGACAGCGGUAGCUGAAGCAGUCAUAUCGUUACUGUUUCCAUUCAAAUGGCAAUGUCCUUAUAUUCCACUUUGUCCGUUAGGCCUAGCAGAAGUGUUACACGCACCACUACCGUAUUUAAUUGGAGUUGAUUCCAGGUUUUUUGAUCUAUAUGAACCUCCACAAGAUGUAACAUGUGUUGACUUGGAUACUAACACAAUUAGUUUAUGUGAGUCUCAAAAACAUUUAAAUCCGAAGCUCUUACCAAAAAGAGCAGCACGGCUACUUAAACAAUCACUAAAGACUUUAGAAGAUCUCAAGCAACAACAUAACAUAGAGUCAACGAAUAGUUUGGAUAGAGAUUUCAAAAAAAAGAAAAGAGAAUUAGAUUUAGAACAACGAAUUCAAGAAGCAUUUUUAUUAUUUAUGGCUUCAAUUUUAAGAGGUUAUAGAGAUUAUUUAGUACCAAUAUCAAAAGCUCCGUCAAUUGGGGCAACCGAUCCUAGCGCUUUAUUUCAACUUAAUGCAUUUCUAAGAUCCCGCGAUAAAGCUCAUCAAAAAUUUUUCCAGCUUCUUAUGAAAACGCAAAUGUUUAUUCGUUUUAUAGAAGAGAGAUCAUUCGUUUCUGAACACGAUCAUGGUUUAACGUUUUUUGAUGAAUGUGCUGAUAAAGUUAGUCUAUUCGACGAAUCAACGGUUGAUAUUAGGCUAAUUGAUAAUGAAAUUGGACAUAACAGUGAAAGGACUAAAUAUAUUUUACCUCCGGAACCAGUUUCUAACAAAGAUUCUAGCACAAUGUAUAAUUAUGGAACUUUUACUUUAAAUCGGGGCUUAUUAGUUGAGGUAAAAAAGAAUCAUUUUACGAAAAUAGCUCAGCAAAAUUUUAAUCAUAUUCCUGGUUCACCGGUAGCGAUUGCAAGACGAACGAAACAUGAAAUUAAAUCGGCCCAAAAACUAGCUCGGGAUUGUCAAAAUAAUCCAGAAACUUGGGCAAAAUAUCUUUUGGCCACGUGUUAUUCAUUAUAUUUUUUAUUAUUGCCAAGUAUGUUAAUAGAAUCGCCCGGGAAAGUACAUUCUAUUUUAAGAUCAGCCUAUGAUUUACUUGUCCGCGCCAGCAAACUUAAAAUCAAUUGUGAUGAGUUCUGUUAUAGAAUUAUGAUGCAAUUAUGUGGAAUGCACAAUUUACCCGUAUUAGCGGUGCGACUGCACUACUUGAUGAAGAGAUCUGGUGUCCAACCAAAUGCUCUCACAUAUGGUUUUUACAAUAGAUGUGUUUUGGAAUCUGAAUGGCACAGCGAUAGCACAACUCUAAGCCAAUUACGUUGGAACCGGAUAAAAAAUGUCGUUCUAGGUGCCGCACAUUUUAAGAAAGCCGGAAAAAAGCAUGUAAUAAGGAAAAUGUAUUUAGAUUCGUGUGAAAACAAUUUAAACACCUUGGAAGCGGUUGACGGGACUUCUCUGACUAGCUUAGAUUCGGGAAACUCUACCCAAAUAAAUGAAAACAAUGCUCAAAUUUUGGUAAAUUUUACUUCUUUUGAAAAAAUUAGAGACAAACGCGGAGCAAUUGUGCGAACUUCUAUGCAACAAGAAUCGGAUAAUGUUAUAAGCAGUGCUGGACUUUUAAUAUCCGGAGAAAUCAACACAAAAUCGAAUCCCGAAAUCAGAAUAUCUCAACCAAAAAUAGACUUUCCUGAAAAUGAACCUACAGUAGAAUAUAGCUUAAUUGAAAAAGAAAAUAAUAUCUCCAAGUGCUUAUCAAGUAGAUUGCAGAAAACUCGAAUAUAUGACAAAAUCGGAACAUCUUUUGAUAGCAUAAAUGAAGAUAACGCCAAUGGCUCAAGUCCAACAAAAAUGUCUCCACGUACACCAGUUACUCAAAAUGACCCAUUAGGAGCUUUAAAUGAUGACAUUGUGCAAACUAAGUUGGUUGAGGGAAAUAAAGUAGAAGAAAAGCAAAUAAAUGUGAAUCAUAAUUUAUAUUCUGAUACACCAGUGCUUUUUAAAGGACAAAGAAGUGCGACCUUUGAUGGCGGAACUUUCUUAAACAAAGGAAUGCAUCGAUCCGAAACAAUGCCAACUUCAAGAGUUACCUCAAGUCUGUCGAAUUUUGGAUCGUCCUUAAAGUUUAACUUUAGUCCCAGCAGUUUAGUAUCUGGAAAAAAAUCAAAUGAAAUUUUGCAGGGUAGCAUCAGCAGUAUUAAAAAUGCAGCUACAUCAUUUUCAAAAAAAUUAGAUGAAAUAAAAGAAGCAAUUUCAACUCCUAUAAAAACUAAUUCUUCUUUGUUGAAAGAUGUUAGCAGUGAGGACGAUUUAUUACAUAAUGAAGAACUGAACAGCAUGAAAUGCCGUCGUGUAACAAGUGAGCAUGAUUUAAGAGAGAAGCAAAAAGAUUAUUUAGCGAAAACUUCAAUUUUGGUGGACGGAGGACCUUCAUUGAUAUACAGUUCUUACCCUGCUUUACAGGAAAACUUUUAUAGUCAGUCAAACGAAAUUCAGGAGAAUAGUGAUGCCGAAAUCUUAAUUCAAAUCACAUCUUGUUGUCAAUGCAGACAGUGUUCAGUUCUUUUAUACGAUGAAGAAAUUAUGGCUGGGUGGGCUGCUGAGGAUUCCAAUCUAAAUACGACCUGUCAUGCUUGUAACAAUUUAACAGUGCCUUUUUUAACUGUAAAUGUUUAUAAUAGAAAAGGGCCAAUAGAAAGCCUUAAACCAAUUGAAAGUUUUACUGUACCAUAUUUAAACCCUGUCGUUUUGCGUAAAGAAUUAGAAAACAUUUUAUCUCAAGAAGGUGAUCAAGCUCUAAUAAAAGCUUCAUUUGUCCAAGAUCAUCGUAUUGUUUAUUGGAACUUAUUAUAUUGGAUGGACAGAAUUGAUAGUUCAACUCAUUUGCCAAAUUUAUGUUUACACAAACAAUUAACAGACAGUUUUGAUCCUUUGAGUAAUAUGAAAACUAUUCAAGUUCAAUGUUUGUGGGAUAAUUUAGGAUUACAUAAAGAAACGGGACCGCCGAUGUAUAUCUUGUGGAAAGAACAUCAACCGUCAAGUCCAUUACUUAAAGCUCUCUUAACAGAUCAAUCAUUCCUUAAUCGAACUACAAUACAACAAAUUAUUUCUGCUAUUAGAUGUAGCGAUUUAUCCAUACCGAUCAAGCGUUUGGCUAAUGAAAGGCAAAAGAUAAAAAAUUCUAAUGUUUCAGAUAAAAGCUUAUCAAUUUAUAGAAAUUUAUUAUUUUUAGCUUUAACAGUGAUAGGACGAAAUAACAUUGAUAUGAGCUCAUUCCACCGAGAAUAUGCAUCGGCCUUUGAAAAAUUACGUGACAAAGAAACAAAUCUAAAAUGUAGAACAGAAGAUUUUCCUCCUUCACUUGCUGCAAUAUUUUGUCGAGUUUAUUUUAAACCGCUGCUACUUCCUUGACUGCGAAAAACAGUAUUUUUCAAAAAUUACGUGUUUUCUACAUCAUACAUAUAUUUCAGAAAUUAAAAUAAAGUAAGCAGCAAGCUUUCAGAACAAUAUAAACAGGCAGUUAGUAUAUUUAUAAGGAUUUUAAGAAUAAUUAAAAGAUUGGGAAUUUUUCAAAUUGAUAAUUUUAAGUUUGAUAUGAAUCGGUUAUCAAGUGAUACAAAAAUUAAAAUUUGAGUACAUAUCAUACAUAAUUUUUUAUUUAAGCAAUUAAAAAUCAUAAAACAUUGUUUCACAGAAUUAAAGAUAAUAAUUGCAUUGUAUUAUUAUAACAAUUUAUUAUUAAAUGGAUAAAAGCGCUUUAUGUUUAAAUUUU